AUGGCAUCGAGAAGAACGACCCCUCGUGAUUCCGAAAGGAUACGAUCUCGAGCUGGUAGUGUUAAUGCGGAACACAUACGAUCCGGAGACGUGAGCGAAGCGCUCACAGAAGUUCUUCGUGAAGAGACCAGACUCCCGCGGGCUUCUACCCAAGAGGGAAAGGACCUCGAUGGUGACAAGUCUGCUGCUCGUAUUAAGUCGAGUAGCCAAACUGGUUCGGAGGGGCAUGAUCGUCCUCCGAAGAAGGCUAAAACGAAUGGUUCAGACCAUCGUCUCGGUGUUUCGGGUGAGAUGGCUGUUGCUAAACCGUUUCAUUGGCAAUUUUCUCACUCCAAGGAUUGUCCUAUCACGGAGGAUCCGGAUAGCGUUCCUCACUUGGUGAGGCAUUUCAAACCUGCUGGGUGUCCGCUUCCUUCUUUUCGAAAUAUGACGGAGCGUGAGGCUUAUGUGAAGAUGGCUGUCGCUCAUGCUAAGGCUAUGGAGGCUAAUAACGACUUCGCGGCGACUUUUGAAAAGCGCCUGCAGGAUGUUCCGCGUUCUGACGAGCUUUAUGAAAUAAAGAAGGUCGUUCGGGAGCUAAAACUUGGUCUGGAGAUGGCUCAGGAUCGAGAGCGUGCUAAUGCUGCUCAACUGGCCACUGUUGAGAAGCUGGGGAAUCAGGCUGCUUCACUUGAGGCUCGUCUGCGAGUCAUGAGUAACGAGAGGAAGUCGGCUAUGGAGAAAGUUUCCUUUUUGGAGGAGAAGUGGGAGAAGAAGAAGGCCGCAACUGAUUGCAAAGCUCGCUUUAGGGAGGUUAUGGCAAAUAUAGAUCUCUUGAAGGAGAUUAUGAACAACAAUCUUUUGGCCUCAGAUGAGUUGUUGCGUCUUCGAACGAAAGAGGUCGUCGGGUCGGAGCUCGAUGUGAUGGGGGUUUUGGAUUUCUCCGUUGAGAAGCUUGAUCUGCCUCAGAUUACGGAGGAUCUGCCAGAAGAUUUCUUUGCUAAAGUCCCUUCUGGGAUGGACGACACGGGUGAUAGGUCGAAGCGCGUGGGUGGCCAGUUCGAGGAUGUUGAAUUCGACGUCGAGGAGUAG